GAUGUCAUUGCGGCCGCUUCUCUGCGUUCAUUGGCCGGAGCUGCUGUCCGUCACGCAGCUGAGGCGGUGGAGGCGGUGGCGGCCAUUUUGGAGCAGGGCGCGGGGCCGGACGCAGCGGAGGGAGCGCGGAGCUCCCCCCUCGCCGCCAUGGCAGCCCCGCUCGGCACCGGCGCCCUCACGGAGGAGACCGGGCAGGAGAAACAGGACUCCCAGGAGAAGGACAAGGCCAUUUCCCCCGAGAGGGCAGAGGAGGCCAAGCUCAAGGCCAAAUACCCCAACCUGGGCCAGAAGCCUGGGGGCUCAGAUUUCCUCAUGAAGAGGCUGCAGAAAGGGCAAAAAUACUUUGAUUCUGGUGACUACAACAUGGCCAAGGCCAAGAUGAAGAACAAGCAGCUGCCGAGUGCGGGGCCUGACAAGAACCUGGUGACAGGAGACCACAUCCCCACGCCCCAGGACCUGCCCCAGAGGAAAUCCUCGCUGGUCACCAGCAAGCUGGCAGGAGUGAGCCCAGAUCUGGAAAUUGUGAUCUCAGACCUGGAAGUUGUGAUCCCAAAUCUCACAGGUGUGAUCCCAGGUCUGCAAAGAGUCAUCCCAGAUCUGGAAAGUGGGAUCCCAGAUCUGGCAGGUGUGAUCCCAGGUAUGGAAAGAGUGAUCCCAGAUUUGGAAAGUGUGGUUCCUGAUCUCACACGUGUGAUCCCAGAUCUGGAAAUUGUGAUCCCAGAUUUGGAAAUUGUGACCCCAGCUCUCACAGGUGUGACCCCAGCUCUGCAGGCAUGGUCAGGUGUGUGCUUUAGAGCUUCAAAGUGAAGAAAUUGGCCAAGAUGAUAAAAAUUCCAGGGGCUGAGCUGUUUCUGGGCUGAGCUGGCUGGGAUGUGUCCCUGGCUCAGCUCCCAGGGGACAGCAUGUCCAGAGGGGUGGGACAGGGCUGGGCAGUGUCUGAAACACCUUUGGGUGCUUUGUGGGUAGAGCCCCACCUCAGCUGGAGGAGCUGGGCUGAGCUUGGCCAGAGGGACAGAACCAGAGGGGUUUGACUGAAUUUGGCCAGAGGGACAAAACCAGAAGGAUUUGGCUGAGCUUGAUCAGAGGGAUAAAACCAGAGGGGCCUGACUGAAUUUGACCAGAGGGACAAAAUGAGAAGGGCUUAAUUGAGCUUGGCCAGAGGGAAAAAACCAGAGGGGUUUGGCUGGAUUUGGCCAGAGGGUCUUGUCUGAAUUUGGUUAGAGGGAUAAAACCAAGAGGGACAAAACCAGAGGGGCCUGACUGAGCUUGGCCAGAGGGAUGCAGCCAGAAGGGCUUGGCUGAAUUUGGCCAGAGGGGUUUGGCUGAAUUUGGCCAGAGGGACAAAAACAGAGGGAUAAAACCAGAAGGGCUUGGCUGAAUUUGGCCAGAGGGGUUUGGCUGAAUUUGGCCAGGGUGGCUCAGCUGCCCCAAGGCCUUGGGGCAGUUUCUCUGUCCCUGGUCCCUUGUGGCCAGGGGGGCACAGCUGGAGCUGAGUGCAGCAGCAGCAGCAGCAGGAGGAGCUCAGGACUCUGCAGAGCCCUGCCCAGGCAGCCCAGGGAGGGAUUUGUGCUGCUGGCACUGGUUGUGGAGGGAGGGAGAGAGGCAGGACUGGCAGGAACCACCCAGAAAGGGAGAAAAAGCACCAGAAACAAGGUGGAGUUUGAAGGGUGUUGAGGCAAAGCUGUGCUUUGAAAGUGUUGGACAUCUCAAGCUUGGAUUUCUUUCUUUUUCUCCUAUUUUUUCCCCUUUUUGUUUUUGUUUUGUCUCAAACCUGGGGAAAAAAAUAACAAAACCCCAAAUUAACACCAACAUCACAACAAAUCCCCAAACCUUAGAACCUGCAGAGCCAGGGCUGGGGGUGGCACUGUCCCCUCCUGGCUGCCACUUUUCCAUGCAGGGACAAACGUGGGCACAGCUGUGCCCCAAAACCUGCCCCAGUUCAGCCCCAAGAACCAGAGGAAGGGAGGCAGGAGUGAGGAUGCCCAGGCUGGGUUUUCCUCCUGUGUGUUCCUGCUCACCUGGGCGUUCCCUGGGAACCUUUGUGUGUCACUUGUGUCACCUGUGUCACUUCCCUGGCUUGCCAGGAGUGUUUACCCAGGGUGUGCUGGAAUGUGUGUCUGCCUUCAGGUGCUUCCUGCAUGAAACAGCCCUGGGCUGCUCCUGGCCACUCUGGGGAGGGGGCAAGGAGUGUGGAGGCUUUGGGAGCUGUCCUUGUCCCCACAGGGUCCUGCUGUGGCCCCCAGCCCCUGUGUGACCUGGCUGGGGCAGUGGCUGCACACCCUCCUUGGAUGUCCUGCUGUCUGUCCCAGCCAUCUUGUAAAUAGAUAACAAAUAUAUAUAUAUAAAAUAAAUAUAUAUAUAAUUUUUUUA